CGUCAGAAUACGUCAUCAACUUCCUUGCCGAGAGUUGUAACGUUAGUUGUGAGAGCAGAUCCAACGUUAGCUCUGCAGGUCGAAUUAGCUGGCUAACUGGCUUCCACAGCUGGAUAAAUCAUAACUAUUACCUACAUAUCAUUGGAGAGGAGUUCAUCUUCUGGCGAGAUCAUGGCAGAUUUCUCGCUGUCAGAUGCCUUAGGAGACGACACCCCAAGCAAUGCAAAGAAAAUAGGGAACACUAACCCAUCUGCCCCUGCCUGUAACCCUCCACCUCUGGCAAACCCAGGAUGGCCAAGUUCAGCCCCAGGAGCUCCCACCCAGCCCUCCGCUCCUGGUGAAUAUGGUGGAUCAUCUGGCCCUGGGGCGCCUGGGCAGUUCCCAUUUCCAUCUGGUCCUGGAGCACCGGGGCAGUACCCAGGACCUCCUUCAGCACCUGGUGGGUUCCCCCCUGGUCCUGGCAUACCUGGACAGUACCCACCUGCACCAGGAGCUCCAGGGCAGUUCCCAUCCAGCCCUGGAGCCCCUGGGCAGUACCCUGGGCAGUACCCUGGGCAGUUCCCUGGGCAGUAUCCUGGGCAGUACCCUGGGCAGUUCCCUGGGCAGUAUCCACCUGAAGGAGCUCCAGGACAGCUACCUGGAGGCCCUGUUUCUUACCCAACUGGACCAUUUCCUUCUGGCCCUGGAGCUCCCCCUGGGCCCUAUCCAAAUGUGCCUUACCCAGGCAGUCAGCCAGGAGGAGGCAAUGGGAUGUACGGACCAGGUGGUCCAGGUGGAUUCCCCCCUCCAGCUGGCCCUGGCUCUUACCCUGCAUACCCUGCUGGAGGCUUUCCCCCAAUACCCACUGGGUCAUGGGGACCACCCGCAGGCGGAGGCUUCCCUCCUGCCCCUGGCUCCUUCGGUCCUGGCCCUGGGUCUAUGGGUCCAUACGGUGGGCCUGCCGCUCCAGGAGGCAUGAUGAUGGCACCGUUUGAUCUCCCACUUCAUGCUGGAAUUUUGCCACGCCUUGUAAUCACAAUAGUGGGGGAGCCUGUUCCUGGUGGAGACAGGUUCCAAGUUGACUUCAUCAAAGGUUCAGAUGUCGUCUUUCACUUCAAUCCUCGAUUUCCGGAGCAAACAAUUGUCAGAAACUCCAACCUAGGUGGAUGUUGGGGGCCAGAGGAGCGGGAAGGAGGCUUCCCAUUUGUCCAGGGACAGCGUUUUGAGCUGAAGAUCCUUGUGGAGGAGGACUCCUUUAAAGUGGCGGUGGACGGCACCCACCUGCUGGAGUACGAGCACCGAGUCGGCGGGCUGGAGGAAGUGACCCUGCUGCGAGUGACGGGAGACGUCGUCCUGCACAGUGCAGCCCCGAGCAUGAUCUGAGUCCCAGAGCUACUAAACCACAUGCUGUACAGGAGUCCUGGGUCACCCUUCACCACCGUAUUUGAAAUCCUUUCAAAUACCUUGAUGGAGUUUUUGAGGCAAAAUAGUCAGCGAAGUGCAAUCUUUGCCCACCUGGCACUUAGUCAUUAAUACAGAACAGAUGACAGAUCAACACAGGGCUGCACACUAUAAUCCUUUUUCCUUUCUUGUGCUGAAUGAUUUUUCUUUUCUUUUUUUCGCCACUCACAAAAUCAAUAUUUUAUGACCUAACAGUAUCAAAGUAGUGAAUGAGAUAUAGUGCAUCUAAAACAGGCGUUUUAAGGAAAUACUAAUUUAUACCUAAAAGAUUGUAGGCCAAGUGGAACCUAUUUUCCACUAGUAUGUAUGCUGUAUUUUGUUUACAGUAUGUGUAUGUUAAUUAUUCUGUUCUGUAUAUCAAGAUCUUGAUAAGCCUUUGUAAUGCAUGAAUGUGAUGCAGAAAAUCUGUCCCCCCCCUCCCCCCACACACACACACCCCUUACUGGCCCGCUAACAUUCAGUAGGCUAAUGAAGUUUCUUCUUAAGAUGUACUGACUUUGAGCUCCUCCUUUGUUCAGUAUUAAUCCUCCUGAGGUCUCAGACUGGAGGGUAGCGCAAUGUUUUACGAAUGAUUUCAUGUUGAAGUCAAAUCUAAUGGUCUAAAAAGUGAGGCUCAAAUUAAAGUAAAAUGUUGGAAAGGGGGAAGGAAGGGAUUGGGUCUCUGAUUUGUUGCCAAAAAUAACUGGUACAAUAUUUUGAGAUGAUAUGCUUAUAAAUAAAGGGCAAAAAACAAUGGCUGAUAAUGCUGUUUGAUUCACAAUAUUGUAAACUUUUAAUGAGCUGCCUGCCUGUGCACAUAAUAAAUACUAGUUUCCCUGUU